GCGAGCGCGGGGAGCCACAGCGCUGCGGGCUCACAAAGCGGCCGGACGCGCGGCGGCGGCGGCAGGAGCUGAGGGAGCCAGCCGGCGCCCAGCCUUCUCGGCGACCGCUCCUCAGGCGCUCGAGCGACUCGGACGCGGGGACCCGGGCCGGCCCCCAAGAUGCCAGCGACCGCGGUGCUCGCGGCGGCCGCCGCGGCGUGGUGCCUGCUCCAGGUGGAGAGCCGGCACCUGGACGCGCUCGCCGGGGCCGCGGGCCCCAACCACGGCAAUUUCCUGGACAACGACCAGUGGCUGAGCACCGUCUCCCAGUACGACCGGGACAAGUACUGGAACCGCUUCCGAGACGAAGUUGAGGAUGAUUACUUCAGAAACUGGAACCCCAACAAGCCCUUUGACCAAGCCCUGGACCCGUCCAAGGACCCCUGCCUGAAGGUGAAGUGCAGCCCUCACAAAGUGUGUGUGACCCAGGACUACCAGGCGGCCCUGUGUGUCAGCCGCAAGCACCUGCUCCCCAGGCAAAAGAAAGGGAACAUGCCCCAUAAACACUGGGUUGGACCUUCGAACCUGGUCAAGUGCAAGCCCUGCCCUGUGGCACUGUCCCCCAUGGUCUGCGGCUCCGAUGGCCACACCUACACGUCCAAGUGCAAGUUGGAAUUCCAUGCUUGUUCUACCGGCAAGAGCCUCACCAUCCUCUGUGAUGGGCCGUGUCCGUGUCUCCCGGAGCCUGAGCCACCAAAACACAAGGCAGAGAAGAAUGCCUGCACAGACAAGGAGUUGCGGAACCUGGCGUCCCGGCUGAAAGACUGGUUUGGAGCUCUUCAUGAGGACGCCAACAGAGUCAUCAAGCCUACCAGCUCUGACACUGCCCAAGCCAGGUUUGACACUAGCAUCCUGCCCAUCUGCAAGGACUCCCUGGGCUGGAUGUUCAACAAGCUGGACAUGAACUAUGACCUUCUACUUGACCACUCAGAGAUCAAUGCCAUCUACCUGGAUAAGUAUGAGCCCUGUAUCAAGCCUCUCUUCAACUCCUGCGACUCUUUCAAGGAUGGAAAACUCUCUAACAAUGAGUGGUGCUACUGCUUCCAAAAGCCUGGAGGUCUCCCUUGCCAAAAUGAAAUGAACAGAAUUCAGAAGCUGAGCAAGGGGAAAAGCCUGUUGGGCGCAUUCAUACCUCGGUGUAAUGAGGAGGGCUACUACAAAGCCACGCAGUGCCACGGCAGCACGGGGCAGUGCUGGUGUGUGGAUAAGUACGGGAACGAGCUGGCCGGCACCAGGAAACAGGGUGCUGUGAGCUGCGAAGAGGAGCAGGAAACCUCAGGGGAUUUUGGCAGUGGCAGCUCCGUGGUCCUGCUCGAUGACCUAGAGGAUGAACGGGCGCGGGGACCAAAGGACAAAGAGGGGAAGCUGAGGGUGCACACCCGGGCUGUGACGGAGGAUGAUGAGGACGAGGACGACGACAAAGAGGAUGAGGUCGGGUACAUAUGGUAGUGCCCGCAAGACAGAGGACAUGAGUUUUGCACAAAAUUGCAAGUUACUUCCUAUUCCUGCAUUUGUAUCUAAGACUCCAAGGCACCAAGGUCUCUUGUCUGUCACUCUCUAAACCCAGCCUAAGGUUUGGAAGACCAGUGCUUGUUCCCAGAACAUUCUGUCUGGGCGGGAAAAAGGGUGUUAUGUUUAGUCCGGACAGGGACGUGGCUGGCUGCAUCGCAGCCUCCUUCCCGCCCGUGAGAUUUCUGCAACAAGCAUGUGAUUCACCUGGAAUUCUGACAGUGCAGGGAGCCCCCACCCUCUCACCCUUUUUAUUACCCACACUGGUGGUCACUACAGCAUGGUCCCCAGCCUUACAGUGUCUAAGUGCUUUUCUUGUGUCUGUAGAUGUCGUGGAAAAAAAAAUAUACUGUACCUUUUCUUCCCUGCCCCUACCAGUCCCGGUGUUUAUUGAAAAUUAGUUUUCACAUCACUAGAUCUAGCUUCCUACAAACAAUAGCCUUAAUUCAGUCAAGAGUCUCUUUGGGGAAUUCAUUUUCACUAUUGAAAAUUGGUGUCUGGAUGCUUCUCCCUGUACAUGCAAAAAAUGUAUGUAUAGAAGAGACUGUGUGUAAUGCGCUGUACACACACCUCUCAGAAAAAGUGGGGAUCUAUUAAAAACUCAUUUGACAAACAAUUAUAAAUUUGUCAGCUUGUCCAGACCUGGAACAAAAUUUCUGGAAUAAGACAUUUAUAUUGAAGUCUUUUUUUGCACUAACAGUUGGCACUUAUAGCCUGAGGCUGAGGAGGUUUCUUCCCCACGCAUCAGCUGAGUUACUGGAAGCCUCUUUGAUAUGGAUAAGCCUCCAUCCAGCUAAAUUGCUUUCCCCUUCUCACAGAAGCCAUGCUACUCCCACGUGGGCAGCCUCACGAGCCAUCUCUUUCGUUUCCGCUCAAACCCCUUCGGGCUGCACAGUCCUGUCUGCAGCAGGUUCCUUCCUUCCCUGCCUACUCAAGGCCUUUUGCUAAGGUGCGCACACACACCUGUUCCCCGAGAAGACAGCUUAGUAUUCUGCACUCGUUGUUUUACUUUUGACCCCUUUCUACACGCAAAUCAUGAGGGUACAAAAGCUGUACAGAUUGUUUUUAAAAACCAACCAACAUUUGCAAAGAACUUCAUGAUAGCACAUGAAAACUGGCACUGGGUUUCAAAGAGCUAAUUCAGUAGGGUUGUCAUCUCUGCAUUCUUUAGGAUUUCUCUCCCUAUCCAGCUGCCCCAGAUACAAGUACCAAAGAGCUAUCUUCAAAGUGGCCCUCAAGCUCCUGCCCCAGCUAGUUCCCCUAGUCAGCCACCCAAGCAAGGGUCUCUGGCCCACAUCUCUGUCUCUUGCCUUCCCCACGAGCUUCAGCCAUCCACAAGACAACCCUAUAAACUCAGGCAAGAAAUAGAUUCAUAACCAAACUAUGAUCACUGGCAGCUGACCAACCUCUUAUCCCAAAUUAGCAUUUUCCAGUCCUUGCUCUGGCUGGAUAAUAAGAGUUGGUCUCAGAUCAGAAAGUCACAUCCUUGAUAUAGCUAAGUCCUUUGGCGCGGUAGAUACAAGUCAAACCACGACCCUGAGGUUCUGUAUUAAUCGACUUUCCCCUAGAGAGAGACCAGAGGUGAGCUCUGUAUUGGGAUCUCAACUCUAUCACCUCUGUUUCAGUAUCUUUUUUCUCACUUGAACAAAACUUUGAGAUUAUAUUACGAAAGCAAGACAUAUUACAAAACCUCCGUUUAGUCCAUCAAAGAAAACCUCUAUGACUAUGUCUUCUGAGCUUGCAAAAAUGCACAAGAGAACAACUUAAAAUCGACAAAUUGAUUUUACUUAGAAAAACUUCUACGCAUAGCGGGAACCACUGAUUUUAAUUUGCCUAAUUAUCUUAUGACAAGUGUCAAAUUAAGAUGACACUUAAAGAUCCUUAGCAUUAACUUAAUGAUGGAGAAGAGUGCUCAACAGACAAUUCCCAGUAAGGUACUAAGCUGCCACUUUCAGAGACAUUCCAAGAAGAUAUUUUGAUUCACUAAAAUAUUAAAUACAAAGCCCUCCUCAGACUGGAACCCCAAAUCACUGGAGCAACAUGAACACUACUUUUCAUGCCUCGCUUUGGCAGGGCAGCAUUAGGUUUUUAAAAGAUCAUUAGUGCUUAUGGAAAGUACUAAAGAUUAGAUCAAUUGAUCUUGUCCUCAGAAGUGGAAUUUUUAUUUUCCUCUUUUUGGAAGGAGCUCUUUAGUUACAGUGGCCAAGUAUACAUAAAAUAUUGAUCUUUUUCUUUUUUUAAAGAAUAGUGUCAUGAUAAUCCAAUCCCUUGAGAUAGGCAUUAGGCUGAAUCCUCACUAACCCACUUUUGGAAAGUCCUUAGUAAAUAAUUUACUACCAUUUCCUUGGCAUCCAACUUAGAACCCAGAGUUUUUUUCCACACUGGCUAGUUACCUGCCACAUUGAUGUCUUCUCCUCCCUACAAAUAUUCUAGGCAUAGAAGUAUCUUAACACUGAAUUUGAGGUUUUGUAACAAUUUUUCCUUCUUCACGCCUAUUUCUCUACCCGCAGCAGCAAAUGACAACAGUUGUGUCCAGGUCUGCCCCUCUGCUCUUCCCAGAAUGCCAUCCACUCUUUGUUUGAGCCUUGACCACACUGUACAGUAACAUCCAAGAGGCCAUUUUACAGUGCGUGGUUUUGGUCUUUUUAUACCUUUUUCUCAAAAGUCGCUUAUGUCUGUCCCUGUUAAAUGUGUAGCAUUGUAAUGACAGCCCAUCUGAUCCUGAGUGUCAGUUUGUUGUCCCUAUUAUAGAUGAAAUAGUGAUGUAGCAAAACCUAGUAAAUUCUGAAUGCUUUUCCACGUAGACUUAUUUGGAAUGUGAACACGACUCUUUGGUUAAUAGUAAAUACUUAACUGUAGUCCUGAGUAGGUGCAUUUCUGUCUGUCUCAAUAAAUUUUCCUUUGUCUGCA